AUGACAUCCUCAACCACCGCCUCACAAACAGAGCUCAAGGACGCAAAGGUUCCCCUUGCCUGGCGGGAUCAAUGCUCUGCCCUUCUCCUGCCGCUCAACGUGUGCCGGAAAGAGAAGUAUUAUCUUCCUUGGGAGUGCGAGAAUGAACGUCAUGCGUAUGAAAAGUGCCAGUAUGACGAUUACGUUCGCCGGAUGAAGCAGCUGUCGAAACAAAAGGCAGCUUCCCUGGAGGCUGAGGAGUGA